AGCACAGUCCCAUCUCAGCAGCCUAGCUUGACCUGCCACAGAUAUUUCGUUUCCUUCGUUUCGACACAAAUGUAACCAAAACGCUUCGCCAGAAGAUUUCGCUAGUCAAAAUUAUCUAAAUUUCGAGUGUGGCAUAUCCAAAAAGCCAUCAAAAUUAUGCUGCGGCUACCAGGGAUGCCACUGCUGCCGGGUGCACAGUUCUAUGAUUACGGGAAGCGUCGCCAUCCCCGGCAGCAGACGCUGAUGCACUAUCAGGGCAUACAGAUGCUGUCCGAUCGCCGGGAGCCGGAGCUGGUGGAGCCGAACGGCAUUGUGGCGGAUCCCAAGUGUCCGCCAGUGCCCGCACAGAUCAACACCCUGUGGGCACCGAAGGUCACCACGAAGCUGCCACCCUGGCUGGCCUACGACAAGCAGGUGCUCUGCUUCAAUGCUUACUUCAAGGAGAACCUCACCGAGAUCUACCAUGCUCCAUACCAGGUGCGCAAGGUCAGGAUCUACUUCUAUCUGGAGGACGGCACCAUGCAGGUCACCGAGCCGAAGGUGGAGAACUCGGGCAUACCACAGGGCUGCCUGGUGCACCGCCAGCGCAUACCCAAGGCCCCGCCCAGAGAUCGUGAGUUCAUCUCCAUCUUUGACCUUAACGUGGACACCGAUGUGCAGAUCUUUGAUCGCGUCUAUCGCAUCAGCGGCUGUGACAUCUUCACCAGACAAUUCCUCAAUCGAGCCGGCAUUUGCGUGCCCGAGACGCAACAGGAGCCAAAUGAUCCCACCACGGAGAUACGCAAACGCUCUGGGCUGAAGCAAACAUUCAGCGGCGGCAGUGCCGUGCCCAAGCGCCAUUCCUUUGCCCAGUUUCUGGAGUUCGACAGGCACGUGCUCAAGUUCCAUGGCUACUGGAACGAUCGCAGCGAGUUUGGUGACGUGCGGAAGCUGGAGAUCUGCUACUAUCUGGCCGACGACACCAUAGACAUAAAGGAGAAGUUUCCACGCAACUCGGGACGCGAGGGUCCCAGUACUUUCCUGAAACGAGGCAAGCUACCCAAGGAGUUCUCCGGACUGGCGCAGCCGGGUCAACAGACAGCGGUGACGCUGCUCAAUGUGCUGGGCUCCAAUAUGAGGGAUGUGCGCUACGUGGCCGAUCCAUUGAACACGGGCCAGAAGCAGGUGCAUCACUACACCGACCAGGAUCUGCAGAUUGGCGCCGUGCUGAAUGUCUUCGGACGCGCUGUAGUUAUCACCGGCUGCGAUCAGUUCACCCAAAGCUACUACAAAGAGAAGUACGGCAUCGAAGAUUUCACACCGCAGCCCGUUCCAGAACGAAGUGAUGUGCGUCCGCACACCCAGGGAGCAGGCGCAGUGCGUCGCCUGCCACCCUACAACGGAUGGGGCAGCUACGAGGACUCUGAGGGCAACUGCAUCACCGUUGAGCCGAAGCCACCGCAGGCCGACUUCAAGAAGCUGAUCAAGUACGACGGCUGCAUCUUGCGCUUCGGUGCCAGGCUGGUCUCCGCCAUACGCGACAACUGCGAGCGCGUCUUCAUCAUCAGCUACUUCCUGGCCGACGACACGCUCCAGAUCUAUGAAUCCUCCCGGCGAAACUCUGGCUUUGUGGGCGGAGAGUUUCUCAAGCGGGCACGCGUUGCGCUGCCAGGCCAGGACAAGUUCAGCUCCGCGCGGCCAGAGUACUAUCGGGCCAAUGACUUUUACAUUGGGCGCACUCUCAGCCUCAAGGAUCACAUCUUUCACAUCAAUUCAGCGGAUGAAUUCACAUUGCUCUACAUGGAACAGCAUCCCAGCGAGUUUCCGGUGGCCGACAUCCGUGCCAUCAUGCAAAAGAUUCGCACUGCAGUACGACCAGAGUACAAGCAGUUUGUGCUGCGCUGCAAGCCCGAUGGCAAUCUUGGGGACUUCGCAACCAUCGACUUUGAUACCAUGCGAUCCACUCUGCUGUCGUAUCUGUCGAAGGAGAGCCUGCUGAACCACGAAGUAGUGACCGUGUGUCGCUACUUCUCGGCUGAGCAGGCAAUGCCUCCCAGCUGCGACAGGAACCAGGUGCGGGCCGCUGCCCAGCUAGAGCUGAAGCGAGCCUUGUGGAACAAUCUUGAGGAGCUGUCGGAGCACUUGAGCCACAUUAAUCCGACCUCCAAGCCGUACAUAAGUGAGGCCCAAGUAAGGUCGACACUGCGGGGUUGUCGGCUGCCGUUCAGCUUGGAGCUGGUGGAUGAUAUAUUGCAGGUGCUGCAGCACAACGGGCAGCGCGAGAUUGAGGUGCGCGACUUUUUGGGAUUCUUCAACAUGCGAUGCGACCAGGUGCCCGACAUAGCCCCUCUUAACAUCGCCUUUGAGCUGUGCCCCAAGCUUCCUUUCCUACACAAGGGCCGCCUGGUGGACUUCACCUGGUUCUUGGACUAUUUGGGCCUGGAGGAGGAACUCAAGCGGGCCAAUCAAUGAGGAUCCCUCGUCGGUGUUAUCAAAAUUGCAUGUAUAUACAGAAAAAUUCGUGGCAAUAAAAUUUUCGGAAUGGUGAAAUUUGUGCUUAAGACCU